CAUCCCCAUACCCCAUUCCUAUUCCUUCCGCUGUCAAAAACACCUCUCUUUUUUCUCUCCCCCUCUCUCUCUCCUAUUUUGCAUUUUUUGUUUGGAUUCGAAAUUCUCGUUUUUAUAAACACUGAAUCACUCAGUUCCGUCUUCAUCCCUCUCUCUCUCUCUCUCUCUCUCUCUCUUCAGUAUAUCACCAAUAUACUUUUUCUCUCCCUCUCCUCCCACAGACGGCAUUCUGAGUGCUCUGCUUUUACUUCCAUAAGCCUGUGAAAUGAAGAAGUUUGUGCUUACAUUGGAUCUGAUGGAUGACAAGGACAAGCGCAAAGCGCUGAAGACCGUCGCUGCACUCCCAGGAAUCGAUGAGAUAUCGAUGGAUAUGAUGGGCAAGAAAAUGACAGUUAUCGGAACGGUUGAUCCGGUGAGCGUAGUGAGCAAACUGCGCAAGUUUUGGCAAGCGGCCAGCAUUGUAUCAGUGGGGCCGGCGAAAGUAGAGCCGCCGCCGGAGAAGAAAGAGGAGGCGAAGAAAGAAGAGGCGGCGAAGAAGGAGGAGGGGAAGAAGGCGGAGGAGGGGAAGAAAGAGGAAGCACCCAAAGAGGAGGCAAAGAAAGAGGAGGGCAAGAAGGAGGAAGCGCCUAAAGAGGAAGGCAAGAAGGAAGAAGGGAAAAAGGAAGAAGGUAAGAAGGAAGGGGAGAAGAAGGCCGAAGCUGCGGCUGCGGUGGUGGUGGCGCCGCCGCAGGCUCACCCGCAUCCAAUGCUGAUGCCGCCGCAGCUACAACAACCGCAUCCGAUGAUGGGCAUGGUGAUGCCCUACAGGCCAUACUAUCCACCCAUCAACACAUACGGGCAAUACUAUUAUCAGCCCCAACCACCACAGAGUGCAUACUAUGUGCAACACAGCAUGGAAGAGAAUCCUAAUUCAUGCGUCAUCUGCUAAAUUGCCUCGGAUAUAUCAUCCCAUCCAGAAGAUCAAACCAGAACUUAUAUGUAUGUAUCUAUGUAUGCAUAAUGCAUUUCAUCUUCGAUCAAUUUUCACUUCCCCUUUAGCUUGGUGUUGGGUUCUCUUAUUAAUGCAAACCCUGCCCAGAGCGCACCUGUUAACCGAACCGAUCCGAUCCGCAAUUCAUGUAUAUAUUGUUUAGUAUCCUAAACCCUGUUUUGUUGAGAGACCCGAAUAAUAAUUCCGGGUAAUCCGUUUAUCUUCUUCCAAAAACAUAUAAUUAUCAUCUUUCAUAUUAUUGCACCA